AUGUCGGACUUAGGGGGAAAGAACGGGGAAAAUGGAAAUGAAGAUGAAGCAAGCAGCAAGGGAACUCCACCACCCAAGGGAGCUACUAUACCUUUUGAUUAUAGCAAACUUACCAUUCCUUCUCACAACUUCGUCUCCGUGCCUUCCGGGCGUGCUCCUCAAUUUGAUGGGACAUAUUAUGCCGCUUGGAAGCACAAGAUGAAGUUGCAUCUAAUCUCUUUGCAUCCAAAUAUUUGGAAAGUUGUUUGUACAGGUAUUGAUAUACCCCAUGAUGACAUGGAGCUCACUUCGGAGCAAGAACAACUUAUCCACCGCAAUGCUCAAGCUUCUAAUGCAAUUCUCUUCGCCUUGAGUCCGGAGGAGUUCAACAAGAUUGAUGGACUAGUGGAGGCCAAGGAGAUAUGGGAUACCUUGCAAUUGGCUCAUGAGGGAUCACCCGCCGUUCGUGAGGCCAAGAUUGAAUUAUUGGAAGAAAGGCUUGGAAGAUUUGUGAUGGAUGACAAGGAGACACCACAAGAGAUAUAUGAUAGGAUGAUGAUUCUUGUCAACAAGAUUAAAGGACUUGGGAGUGAGGACAUGACAAAUCACUUUGUGGUCAAGAAACUUCUCCGUGCAUUUGGUCCAAGAAAUCCCACUCUUGUAUCAAUGAUACGGGAAAGGAAAGACUUCAAGAGACUCACCCCAAGUGACAUUCUUGGAAGAAUUGUGUCUCAUGAGAUGCAAGAAGAGGAAGCUCGUGAAGUGAGACAAAUGGUGAAGAAUGCCGCCAUGAUUAAAAAUCAAGAAGUUGCUUUGAAGGCAAAACAAGAAGAAAUGGCUUUUAUUGUCAAGAUAUUCAAGCACUUUCUUCGCAAGAGUGGCUAUGGCAAAGGGAGGAAGGAUGAUGACAAGGGAAAGAGGCAAUCAAGGAGAGCGUGCUUCAAUUGUGGCGAAUAUGGCCACUUCAUUGCCGAUUGUCCCAAGUCAAAUGAAGCUAAGGCUAAGGGAGGCAAGAAGAAGCCGGAGCAUGCUCAUGUGGCGGAGGCACACAUGGCGGAAGUGUGGUACUCUGGAGAUGAAGAAGAUCCCGAGGUCAAGCCCAAGCCCAGGUCAAAAGACAAGGUUGAAGGAGAAGGUGGUGUUGCUACCGUUGCCUUCAAGUCAUCCUCUUCAAGCAAGGAGCGUCUCUUCAACAACUUGAGUGAUGACGACGACGACUCCUACCACUACUCUUGCUUCAUGGCCCAAGGCUGUAAGCUAGCCUUAGGGAUGUCAAUGAAACUCUUCAAGAAAAAUUUGCUAAUUUAG